AUGGAAUAUAUUUUGUGGAAUCGUAAGGAAUUCGAUACAAUAUAUAAUUGUACAGGAAUUAAUGUUGAUGAUGUUCCAAUUGACCAAAGAUUUUUAAUAGUUUCAAUAAUUAGUAUUUUACUUGGAUUUAUAUAUUACCCUUUAUAUUUUCCUUGUCUUUACUCUUUUUGGAAGAAUCGAGCCAAAAAUCCUUGUUAUAUGCUUUUAAUUUAUCUUUCAAUCUUGGAUAUUGGAACUCUUUGGGUGUUAACUUUUGCUCAUGGAUUCUUUAACAAAAAUGGUCUAGUCUAUUGUUCUUCACCUUUUUUAAGCUAUUUUUUCGGUUGUUUUUCAUUAUGUGAGUUCUUUAAUCAUAAUUUUAAUAAAAAGUAA